AUGAUGUUUAAGGGUAAAAGAUUCUCAACUGAACUUCUUUUUCAGGAGAGUAAAUUGUUAUCUGUAGAACAAUUGUACACUAGGGCUGUGAUAAGAUUCAUGUUAACCAAUAGCUGCUACAGAAAUAAAUUAUCAACUAACCACAAUAUUCGUAGUGCUGCAAAUCAGAACUUGGCAUUGUCCUUUGUCAGACUUUCUGCAACGCAGAGACAUAUCAGCUACACGGGUCCCACAGUGUACAAUGCCCUCCCUGUUCUUAUUAAAGGUGGACCAUUUAAAAAAGUAAAGCAUCUGGUCAAUCAAUGGAUUAUAGAGAGUAAUUUUUCCUUGAAUUUCUAA